AUGGACAACGUACCUCGGGAAAUACAGGAGGCCAUCGGCUCUGACGACACUGACAAGCUCCUGAAACUGCUUCGCGUGCAUCCAGAACGAAGCUACGAAGAACUGCAAGACUCUCUAACUAUAGCGAUAUCGACUGGAUCUCUGCGUACGAUCGAAGUUCUCCUCAAUCACGGAGCUACACUCAAAUACUCUUCAUACGAUGAAUUGUUCAUCAGAGAAGAGCCUGCUGUAUUUAAGCAACUCAUCGAUCACGGCUGGGAUAUUAAUAGCACGGAAUUCGAGAGGCCGCCUGUACACCAAGCGCUGCACAACGAAAGCCUAUUACGUUGGCUACUUGAUAACGGCGCGGAUCCAAACAUCAGAUCUCCUGGCACCGCGCUCGCCGCAGCGGCACAACUCAAAGACCCAACGGCGCUGCAAGUUCUGUUGUCUCAUGGGGCCGAGAUGGAUCCGUUGGCAUUGUUUCACGCCAUAAAAGUCCGUGGACACAAGAACGGCACUGCUACCAUGGGUGUCUUGAUUGACCAUGGUGCUGACGUGAACUUCAUGGCGAAGAACUGGGCAACGCCGCUCAUCCAUGCGGUUCAUUACAGAUCUAAGGAGAAACUGUUGUAUCUGCUGAAAAAUGGUGCAGACCCCACUAUUAGAGGCAGGGUAAGCAAGAACACGCCGGCCGAGUGUGCGCAACGUCGUGGCGAUCAAGAGUUAUUUGAGAUUCUCAAGGCAGCCGAAGUUGAACAUGCGCAGUAG